AUGUCUAUCCGACAGAUUGCGCAAGUUGAAUCGCAGCUUCGAGGCUUGACGGUCUCUUCUGGAUCAGAGGAGAAUGUCGACCCUCAGGCUCCGGUUUAUUCUACUAUCAAACAUGUCAAGUCGACAAGCACAAUCAAAGUCGUCCCCUCAUCGCUCGCCACAAAACCACUAGCCCUCCAGCCAUCAAUAUCACAGGCCCAAAAUCUCUCAAAACAUACAUACCUUAAACUCGCUGUUCACAACCAAGCCGCGUCGAGCUCGCCGAAAAAGAAGGCGGCAAUCAUUGAUGAUGAGAAUAGCCGAGACGAUGUUGGUUCCGGCGGCCCUAAGAACUCCCUCCAAGUCGCUCCAAGGCGAUCGGACCCAAGCAAUAAUAUCCCUCCACAGGUCUCCUCCAACUCCAAGCCUAUGCACUUGGGAAUGUUCGAGAUUGGACGACCUUUAGGGAAAGGAAAGUUUGGGCGCGUUUAUUUGGCUAAGGAGAGGAAGACUGGGUUCGUGUGUGCUUUGAAGGUACUCCACAAAAAUGAAUUGCAGACCGGUAGAGUCGAGACGCAGUUAAGGAGGGAAGUCGAGAUUCAGUCGAAUCUUAGACAUCCUAAUAUCUUGAGGCUGUUCGGACACUUUCAUGAUUCCAAGAGAGUCUUUUUGAUCAUCGAGUUUGCGGGACGAGGUGAAUUGUACAAGAUGCUUAGGAAGGCAGGCAGUUUCUCUGAGCCCCGCGCCGCAAGCUAUGUUGCCCAAAUGGCUUCUGCUCUUGCAUAUCUUCACAAGAAGCACGUUAUCCAUCGUGAUAUCAAGCCCGAAAACAUUCUCGUUGGAUCUCAUGGCGAGAUCAAGCUGUCCGAUUUCGGCUGGAGUGUUCACGCACCAACCAACCGCAGAACCACACUAUGUGGUACCCUCGACUACCUCCCACCCGAGAUGUUGAGGGGAGACUCGCACGGUGAGAAGGUUGAUCUGUGGUCGCUUGGUGUCUUGAUGUACGAGUUCCUUGUUGGAAAUGCUCCAUUUGAGGACACCCCCAUCGAAACUCAGAAGAGGAUCGUCAAGUUGAACUUCAAGAUCCCGGACUUUGUGAGCGCCGAGGCCAAAGACCUUAUUACUAGACUUCUUCGUCUCGAUCCCGAAAAGCGUCUUCCUCUUGACCAGGUUGCCCAGCAUCCCUGGAUUCUUAAGCACUGCUCUAAACCACAAACGGCUAGGGAGAAGCAGAGGAACAACCACCAGAGGCGCCAAGAAUCUGAUUACGAAGAUGAAGAGUAA